AUGUUAACACGUUAUGCAUUUAAUCGUCGUGGGAAUGUAUACCUUGCUUCACGUUCCUGUCCGGAUCACCCAGAGCGACUUCCUCCAGAUAAAUUACCGACAGUGAACGAUACCCAACAAAAAUCAAAAUCAUCAUCAGAAACAGCAACAACAACAAAUGAGGUGACCUCAGUAGUAAUAAUGCCCAUACUGACAGCGACAAGAACAAUCGAAGCGGAGACGAUGUCAACAAUGACAGGCAUAGAAUCAGAAAUAACAGCAAUAACAACAAUGGAAUCUGGGGCAAUAACAACAAUAUCAAUAGAAGAAAUGGCAACCACAAUAUCAACGGAAAUAGUGGCAUCAUUCAGCAAGUGUAGUAAAUUUUAUUUAGCAUGUCGUGGUAACAAUAUUGAGGAAGUUAAAGAGUUACUUAAGACGAUAACACUUGAUGAGAUAGACAGAAUAGAACCAAAUGGUAGUACAGCUUUACAUGCUGCAUGUUAUCAUGGUCAUCAAGAAAUUGUUAAAUUAUUAUUACGAGCUGGAGCAGAUAGAGCACUACCGAAUAAACAUAAUUGCUUACCAUUUGAUGAAGCAUUAAAUGACGAAAUUAAAGAACUUUUCUUCCGUGUACCAAAUACAAAUCGACUGGUGUCAAAUACUGGUGCUAUUGAAUGGGAAUCGAUUAAUGAUGAUGUUUUAGAAACAGCCGCAGAAGAGAGACAUAUUAUUAAGUCUCUCUAUGACAAUACUAGUGGAUUUACCUCUGUUGGAAAAAUGUUCGAAAAAAUUGAAAGGAAUUAUAUUAACAAAGGAUUAGCUAAAUUCGAUGGAAUUGACACUAUCAAACGGUUUUUCAAAAAAGCGACUGAAGAACAAGAUCCACGAUGGAUUUUAAAAGCUUAUACAGCUGAGACUGAUUUCUAUAAAGUUCUCAAUACUGAAAUAGCAUGUGGUGCUAGUCGAUAUCAAAAUGAACGAAGAUAUAUAAUAGCAUUACUUUGGCAUCAUCCAAAAUUGAAUGAAAUAGCAUUUACUGGUUCUUCCUAUCGAGUUAUGCAAAUCAAUUAUGAUGAUUUAAGAAAGUAUCAAACUAAUUGUUCAUUAAUGACAAAAUCAUUUUUAUCAUCAUCGAUUGAUCGAAAACUUGCUGAAUUAUUUUUAUUGCAAAAAGCAUGCACACAAGAACCGACGAGAGCAGCUGUACGCACCAAAAUGGACGGAACAUUUAUUAAAUUGUGGGUUAUGUGUGUUUACAAUAUUAAACAUCGACGCACUGCUUUGCAUAUUGAAAAUUCCUCUCAGUAUGCAAAUGAAGGUGAAAUCUUGAUUAUGCCGUAUACUGUAUUCAAAGUGAAAAGAAUUAAUCAUAUUAAACCUUCAUAUUUGGUAGAGAAUCAAACGAUGACAGAAAUUGAAUUAGAAGAAUGUGAUCAAUAUUUCAAUAUUCAAAUACAAGACACAUAA